AUGCUCACCUUCCGCCGGGCCCUCAUAGUCGCCGCCACCCUGCUCACCUUCUUCAUCCUAUUGAGAUCAUCGCACACCACCGGCCCGUCGGCCAAGCUUGCGGUGCCUGAGCCCAAGCCCGCCUCCAACGCUGCACCCCAGCCAGAUGCGAUCGACGCCGCUGCCGCCGCCGCCGCCGCCCAGGCCGGCCAAUCCUCCGAGCGCAAGACAGAAAAGACGGCACCGCAGGCUGUAGCAAAGAAGGAGCGCCCGCAGAUAGCGCUCGAGGAUCUGCACACCAAGCCGUUGCGCCAGCAGCUCGAGUACCAGUUUCCCUACGACCCCCAGGGCAAAUUCCCCGCCUACAUCUGGCAGACAUGGAAAUACACGCCCGCGUCGGGCGAGUUCGACGAGAUCUUCCGCGAGCCCGAAGCCAGCUGGACCAUCCACCACCCUACCUUCGUCCACGAGGUCAUCACCGAUUCCGUCGCCGUGCAUCUGAUGCGCCACCUUUACGCCUCCAUUCCGGAGGUGCUCGAGGCGUACCACUCGCUUCCGCUGCCCGUGCUCAAGGCCGACUUCUUCCGCUACCUCAUCUUGCUGGCCAGGGGAGGUAUAUACUCAGACAUUGACACGGCCGCGUUGAAGCCCGCCACGGAAUGGGUGCCGUCCGACGUUCCACGGGAAGCGUACGGGCUGGUCAUUGGCAUUGAGGCGGAUCCCGACAGGGAGGACUGGCACGAGUGGUACUCGCGCCGCAUCCAGUUCUGCCAAUGGACCAUCCAGUCGAAGCCCGGCCAUCCCGUCCUGCGCGAGAUUGUCGCCAACAUCACCGAGGAGACUUUGAAGCGCAAGCGGGAGGGCACCCUGGUCGCUGACGUCAAAGGCAUCGUCGAGUACACCGGGCCCGCGCUGUGGACCGACAUCAUCUUCGAUUUCUUCAACGACCCGCAGUACUUCGACAUGAGCACGAGCACGAAGAACAUCAGCUGGGAGGAUUUUACCGGAAUCACCGCCGCGAAGAAGGUCGGCGAUGUCAUAGUACUGCCGAUCACCAGUUUCAGCCCUGGCGUUCGCCAAAUGGGUGCCGGUGAGGACGACGAUCCGAUGGCCUUUGUCAAACACAACUUCGAAGGGACGUGGAAACCCGACAACGAGCGUCACAUAGGCGAGGUCUACUAG